ACAUGUUACAAAAGGAAGUAAAUGAAAAACACCAACUCUAGAUCAAAGCUCAGUGGACAGCUACAAGUGAGGAUUCCAAAUGGAGUCAGCAGUUUCACAAAUUCUUCGAACUGCAGCACCACUAACCACUGCCCUGGAUGACAUCACAGCAAAUACAACUGGCACAGAAAUAAAUGCUUCCUGUGAAUUUUCAAAGAUCCCCUCUCACCCUGCUUUCAUAUUUGCAUACUCACUAGUGUUUCUCGUCAGUCUGGUGCUUAACUGCAUCACAAUGCGGGUUUAUUUCUGCACUAAUCAGCGCAUCCAGUCCAGUGUCACGGUCUACAUGAAGAACCUCGCCGCAGCUGACUUCUUCCUUUGCCUUUGUUUGCCUUUGCGCAUUGCUAACUAUGCCAACAGUUCAGAUAUAAUGCGCAAUAUUUACUGCAGCUUCGGUGCAUCGGCAUUCUAUAUAAACAUGUAUGCAAGCAUUCUCUUCAUGGACUUUAUUGCAGCAAACAGGUACCUGAAGAUUGUCCGGCCACUGGAGACUCAUGCUCUGCAGACGGUUCGUACCGCUCGACACAUUUCCAUAGGAGCGUGGCUUUCCCUGUUAGCCAUGUCUUCUGUAUACUUGCUCCUUUUUCUCCUGACCUCUUGGGGUCACGUUCAUAAGCCUGAGAAAAGUGGCUGCGAGGCCUUACACAGUCCCCAGCUCAGUUUGGUCUACAAAAUCACUCACAGUGUGUCUAUGAUUCUCUUCACCUUUGUGCUGGUGUCUCUGAUUGCGUUGUACUGGGGGACUUUGCAAAAGAUUAGACAAGCUCAGUUGUCCACACAGACCACAUCCAGAAGCCAGAAAUUCAAGAAAUCAAAGCGUAAUAUGUUGGUACUGGUGGUGGUUUUUUGUGUGUGCUUUGUGCCCUACCAUUUGGUUAGGCUGCCUUAUGCAUUCAUCAAACCUCAGACAAAACUCUGCACAGCGCAGGCAUUCUACGUCCUGAAGGAGCUGACGAUCCUGCUAUCAGUGCUAAAUGCCUGUUUGGAUCCACUUAUAUAUUUUAUCUUCUGUAAGGCCUUCAGAGCCCAGCUGGGCUUCAAGAAAAUGUCAGAUUCGAUGAGAGACAGUGACGAUAAAAGCCAGCAAAGACGAAUGAGCAACAUGAUGAGCUACAUUGAGACAAAGAUAUCCACGUUACGACGUGAAAGUGUCAUUUAACACAACUUUGUCCUACUAACCACAAGACACACUUUGCAAUGCAGAUGAAGGCUCAUUAAAUCGAACGCAUUAUAGUAAAUUUUUUUCUCAUGCAGCAUUUUACUUUUAGUUUCACUUGAUUACAGUGUGAAGAUGAUCUAAUAGUGAUUGUUGCAAGAAAUUCAUUUUGAAAAUUCAAACUGACAUUUUAUCUUGAGAGUCUAGAUUUUAUCUUGAGACUCUAGGACUGUAGAUGUCUUUUUCUACCUGACCACCAAAAAUGUGGAAAGUGGAUUUGCAGAUAUGCUUGAUUUUCAUAAGUUACAGUGCAAUAUAAUGAAUAAAUGUUUAAUUAAAAAUUGUUAAUAUAUAUAUAUAUAUAUAUAUCCUAAUACUGUGUGUAUACAUUACUGUUCAAAAGUUUGUCUUUUAAAAAAACAUGUUAACAAACAAAAAUAUUUCUUUCAAAUAACUGCUGUUUUUCUAUUGUUUUUUUUUUUUUUUUUUUUUUUGUUUUU